UUCACAGGACGCCGGAAAAAAGUUCUCCGCAGACAAAUGUUUGAUUUGACCGAGAAGACGUAGAAAUCCCCGAGAACUGAGCUUGGCGCACGGAGGACUGCACACUCGGAACAAGCAGAAGAAGACUGACAAAGAGCUUCACUGAGGGACCAGAGGAAGAAGAGAGGAAGGUGGAGAGAGAGGGUUGAGAUAGAGAUCUCACUCUCCCUGUUGAGGUCUUCAGCGGAUGACUCGCAACUGCAGGACAAUGUCUAGUAAAGCGACUUUAACCUUACUCAUCUAUGGACUCAUAAUGCAUUACAGCAUCCACUGCUCACCUGUGGGGCUUAGCUUUCCCAGUGUUAGACUGGACAGUGAGGUUUACGACGAGGAUGGGAACUCUUUACCAUCGCUGGAUUACGACAGAGAGCAAAUGGAAGUGAGGAGCGCUCCGUCUAUGGCCGAGGACGUCUACUCGGUGUAUUUCCCACAAGAGAAAAGCGGGGGGAAAUCACUGGACGACAGCUCAGAGCCUCUGUCCAAGCGACACUCAGACGGGAUCUUCACGGACAGCUACAGCCGCUACAGGAAGCAAAUGGCCGUCAAGAAAUACCUGGCAGCCGUCCUGGGGAAAAGGUAUAGACAGAGAAUUAGAAACAAAGGACGCCGGCAGGCAUAUUUGUAGCACUCUCCCUCCCCCCUCUCCUCUCUCCUAAAAAACUUACAUGUGUGCAGCCCCAGACCAAGUCAUUCUGAGAUCUGAACAAUCAGUGGAUCGCUUUUGUGUUCUUAAACAUGUAUUUAUGUAUGAAGUAAGCCAUUAAAAUGAAUAUUUUGAUAAUAAUAUUGUUUUUUAUUUUGUACUUAAAGCACUUGAGGACACACAUAUCUACUUUGUGGACCAAUUUUUUGUUCAUUUUAAGAAAAAAAAGAAGAAUAGCCUCUAUUUAUGUAUCCAUUGAUUUAUUUUUGUUAGAUUUAUGAGGGGAGACAAUUGUUCCCAUGCUCCAACAGCCCUGUCUUUUAAACAUUCAGUGACCAGAUAUGAUUGUGAGGAGAAUAAAUAGUUUAAAAGACAAUCAAUGUAUUUGAAUGCUGCUUUUUGUAAAGUGACAUUAAGAGUUUAGUUGUCUCUAUUCACAACAGCCUUGAAGACAUAGGUUUUCACCCAAUCCUACAAGAGAUAGACUUUGAUGCCCUCCCGGACGGGGAUGAGUUUGAGGCUUUUUUGAGAGAAUGCCUGAAACAGUUCUCUCCUGAAUUUCCGGUGAGUUAAAGGCUCCUUCC